AUGAAGCACUUAUUUUCAAUUGCAUUUCUCGUCGCCGCUUACCUCGUGGUUUUUGGAAGCUCCAACCCUGUAGAAGAAAGGCAUUCGGCAAUUCCUCAAGAUGACGUCGAUCAAAACACUCGCAUUGUAACGGGAGUUCUCGCGGAAUCAGGAGAAUUUCCCUUCAUGUGUAGUUUGUUAAAUUACAAGGAAAAUGGAAUGUUGACAGUUUGCGGAGGUUCUUUCAUCACGCCACAUUUUAUCCUGACAGCAGCUCAUUGCGUCGUUAAUACGAUUGUUUCGACAGCUGGUUGCGGAACAGUUGACUUUGCCAAGCCUUAUGUGAGAAUCACAAGUCAUAAAUUUACGCCUCAUCCAGAUUACAAUCCGGAAAAUUUGAAUAAUAAUAUUGCACUGUGGGAUAGUCCGAUUGGGUUGAUUUUUAAUGAAAUGGUAAAUCCAAUCAACUUACCUUCAAUGUCGACUCCAAUGUGCCUCAACGGAGAAAAAGUCAGAUUGACAGGUUUUGGUCGAAACACUACCGAAGCUGCCAAUUAUUCGCGUAGAUUGCGCUUCAUUGACUUGCGAGUGAUUUCCAACACAGAAUGCGAGCCUGUUUACGGUUCAGAUAUCGUUGUGCCCUCGACACUUUGCGCUCUUGGCUUCGAAGCAGAACAUCACAGCUCAUGCGACGGAGAUGGCGGCUCCCCAUUGUUUGUCGAGGAAGAUGGCGUUCGCACACAAAUUGCCGUUGCAUCGUUCACACAUUCCUCGGGCUGCGAAAGCGGCAUGCCGACUGGAUAUGUCAGAGUUGCUCCGUAUCUCGGAUGGAUUAGCAAUGUAACGGAUCUUAGCAUUCGUCAUUAAAUUCAAUCCUGCUGAAGCCGCCUCGGAUGAAAAUGAAAC